AUGGAUCUUAAAAGUACAACAGUAAGCGACAGAAGUGAGGUAGACGUGAGAAACGAUGAAAAAGUAAAAAAAAUUGGAUGUUGGGCCAGAUUUAGAAGUUUAUUCGAGGAUAGGGGUUUCGAUUUGGAGUUUGAAUAUAAUAAUGCGACUCCUGGUGUUAUAAAAGAGAAUCAACGAGAAACAGAAGGAUAUAGAAAGCUUGAUGACAGAAAAUCUAUUGGCAAAAAGCCUGAAGAAAUUGAUAUAGACGGUGAGUUGUCUGGAGUUAUACACUUUUAUGAACAGUUCGCUACUUUGAACGAUGAUCCUAAAGAAGAAGUAUUUGAUACUAAAAGAAGAUCGACUAUACGUCAUAGAGUAUCGAUGAGACCAAGUAUGUUGUUGACUAACAUUGCAGAAGAAACGGGCGACGGUGAAAUCAAUGACGUAGAGGAGAACAGGUCGCCGCCGCCCUCAAACAUCCCCUCCGCUCUGUUCUACGCGCCCCCGGAACCCUUAGAGUUACUAUGCGUUUUCCCGGAGCGAGCCUCGCGCGUUUGCGCCGCAGCUUGCAACGCGGCUGCGCGGGCCGGUGGCGAAUCGCGUGCGGUUCGCGGACCGAGGGAAGCGCUGGACGCGUUCCGUCGCGACGCAGACACGCGGCUGCCUCACGUUGUCGUCAUUGAUGCCCGACAACCGCAAAUUAUGGAUCCGACAUUAUUAGUACGUGCUAUUCGAGGCUUAAAAAACACUCAACAUAUUGUUGUAAUCGCCGUGGUAAAAAAGAGUGCAUACCUCAAAGAUGACUUCGCGGUCAUACCAUAUUUGGAAGCCGGUUUCAACAGGGUAAUGGUAGAAACGUUGGGUGCAACAGCCUGGUGUGCGGAAAUGUUACAAGCGCGUGCUGCGGCCGCAUCUAUGCGCGCUCAAGUUGGGGCCGUCGCAGCUCUGGCGGCGGCAGCAGAUCGCUGUCGAGACCUAAUUGCUAUUACUGAUGACCAACAAAGGAUACUCCUCACAAAUAAGUCAUGGUGUCGGGUGGUUGGCUGGAGACCUGAAGAUGGACCGCGGCCUUUGACUGAAGCAGUAAGCGGUGAAGCCCUCCGAUUAGCAGCUAGCGGGGUCCGAGAUUGGGAGGCGCCUGUGUUAAUAAGAAGACGUGCUGCUCCCGACCCCGUGUUGCUUCCUUGCCGUGGAUCGGCUGUUUCAUUGAAUAAGAGCACAUCACACGUCGUGUUCGUCUGUGAACCAAGCAACGCUAUAGAAUGCGAUCGUGCACGUGGUUCCCUGCAUUCUAUCCGACGAGGAUCGUUAGACGUGCGCUCGGUGGCGUCUGACGGCUUGCGUCGUACUUCAUUGGCUAAGUUGCAGGGAUUACCGCUCGAAGCUCCAAUUACCAAGGUGAUAUCCCUCUUAUCCGCGGCGACAGAGGGUGCACCGCCCUCCACCGUAGCUUGCAUAGAUCGCGCCGUAGAUAUGCUGCGUACCUCUGAACUGUACUCGCCGCAAAUGAGGGAAGAUCCGAAGAUGAGAGCCGAAGACCCUAUUGCUACUGACCUUAUUGGCGCCUUGCUAUCGCGGGAGCAAGUGAACUCAAACCUUUUCUAUAUGCAAGGAGCAACCAAUGUCCUGUCGUCGCGAAGAAGCAGCAAUGAUUCCACCGUAGUCAGAUCCCAAGCCAACAGAACAAAUAUGAAGCACAAGACAACAGGCCAGCUACGCGAAGUUCUAGAUACAGCACUAAGCUGGGACUUCGAGAUAUUCCGCCUGGAGGACCUCACCCGCGGUCGGCCGCUGACACACCUCGGCCUCACGCUGAUGGGCGGCCGCUUCGACGUCUGCUCGACCCUGGAGUGCGACGAGAGGACUCUCCUGCACUGGCUGACCGUCAUAGAAACGAACUACCACGCGGUCAACACCUACCACAACUCUACGCAUGCCGCUGAUGUUUUGCAGGCCGUGGCGCACUUCAUGGAGAAGGAGCGGCUGCGGGCGCUGCUGGAGCCGCUGGAGGCGGCGGCGGCGCUGCUGGCGGCCGCGGCGCACGACGUGGACCACCCCGGCACGUCGUCCGCCUUCCUCUGCAACUCGCGCCACGCGCUGGCGCUGCUCUACAACGACGUCAGCGUGCUCGAGUCGCACCACGCCGCGCUCACCUUCAAGCUCACGCUCAAUGAUGACCGCGUGAACAUAUUCAAGAAUCUCGACCGCGAAACGUACAAGACGCUACGGCACAACAUCAUCGACAUGAUCCUGGCGACGGAGAUGACGAAGCACUUCGAGCAUCUCGCCAAGUUCGUGAACGUCUUCUACGCUAAGUCCAGUGGAAGUAAAGAGGAUGGAAUGCACACAGAUGAACCUCUGUCAUUGGAUACAACAGCCCUAACGUCACCGGAAAACGUCGUUCUAGUGAAGAGAAUGAUGAUCAAAUGCGCUGACGUGUCAAAUGCCUCAAGACCACAAAAGUUCGCCUUUGAAUGGGCUAGAAGAAUCGCGGAAGAGUACUUCCUACAGACGGACGAGGAGAAGGCCAAAGACCUGCCAGUCGUGAUGCCGAUGUUCGACCGCGCGACCUGCUCCAUACCACGCUCGCAGAUCGGCUUUAUCGACUACAUCAUCAUCGACAUGAUGGAAGCUUGGGCUGCGUUCAUCGACAUGCCAGAACUGGUCACACACGCAAGGAAUAACCACCAGCGUUGGAGGGAGCUCGACGAAGCCGGUGUUACCACAAUCGCAGAUGUGAAACGAGCACAACGUCAGAACGCCAUACAGUCGUCACCAAAUACGACCUCGCAACCCACUGCUGAAGAGUAAGCCUUGAGACCAAGAAUUUCAGUCAUAAUUUAUUGAAAUGACGUAUAG